AUGCAGUUGACAAGGGCACAGAUUUUUCUGUAUGAUCUUGGACUAAACGAUAUGGAAAGGGAAAAUUCCUUCGCGUGGAAGAAUGUAGAGCUGAUGGGUUUACAAUGGGACAAGUUGGGAGCUCAUGUGCAGAACAAACGAUGGAAGGCGUGGAAACCUUUUGUUCUCUCGGAUGCAUUGCAACGAGUGGAGAAUGUCAUCUUCCAGGAUGCUGGUCAAGUUGUCCAGCAGCCGAUCGAUUUGGCAUGGAGUCUCAUUCAGAGAGAUGGAUAUUUCUUCACCAUCCAGCAAGAAAGAGCUUUGCCGAACUUUGAAUCUGUCAAAGGGUAUGACAUGUGCGCUGCUGGCAUCCUCGGGAUGUCAAACUCAAGCAUUGCAGUUCAAAAUCAUUCUCCUGGCAAGGGAGCAGAUCCGGUGCCACAACUCCUGGAGAAUGUAUGCGUAUCUUGA